AGAGCCGCGCGAGAAGGCUUGGUCGUCACUUUAUGAUCGGGUCAUCGGUCCAGAUUGUAGGACAUGCGGUAGUGAGUAACAAGAAUCAGUUCACCAGAAUAAUUAUCGUCUGAUAAUAAUAUUAUAUCAUUACUUUGAAAGUCUGAUCCUACCUUGAAGGUUCUGAUAUCAGUUACUCAUAUAACAUCUUAACUUCACCCACUCAAAUGGUGUUUAAUAUAUUUGCAUAAUUUAUUUUUCCAAUAAUGACAUCAAGAAGUAACUUUGAAAAGGCUAAAGGAAUCAACUCAGUCCGAAAACACAAGAUCAAAGGACUUUACUUAUUUGAAAGAUGUUCUGGGGGAAUACUCAAUCUCAAGUUUGAUUCGGAAGUAUUAGAGUCAUUUUACUACAAAUGUACUUACCCAAGUUCUCGUGGGAGAUUCCGUUUUGGCACUGUGUUAACAGCCUUUCUGUCAGUCGCUUGGUUGGUGUAUUUUUCAAUUCUGCAACAUCCUAGUUGUUUAAUAUACAGGAUCGGAUUCAGUCUUGGUGUUGUGAUCUCAGUUACUUAUUUCUUAAUGAGCUUCUUCGACAAACUUUUCAGAUCUCGAGCUAUAUUAAUCAGUAUUAGUCACGCAUGGAUUUCAUGCUUGCUUGGCUUGCUUGCAUUUACUCCACCAGAACCUGGUGCUACUUUGGCUUUUAAUCUCAGUUUAAUUCUUCAGCUCAUAUUGAUCACAUAUACCAUGGCCCCUUUGCGCUUAUGGCAGCUGUUGGCAAUAUGUGGACCAGUCAGUGUCUUGCAAAUAGUUUUAGCAAGUGUGAGGUACGAUCGGGUCCCAGGCUGGUUUAUACUAUUGUUCUUCGUCGGUCAUUUCUCCGUUCAUUUGAUUGGAAUUAAUCUUCACUUGAUGUCUCAAUCUCAGCUCCAGGAAACCAUACAAAAUGUGGAGGCCCCUGGGAUGAUAUUGAUGCGAUAUGUCCAGGCCACUGGUGGCGAAUUUGGAGAGGAAUAUUAAGAUUGGACAAUCGUGCCUAAUCGCACCGCUGAAACGAAUCAGUGGGGAGAGGUUGCAUUUUCUUACUCAGACUGAGACGUUUGCAUACGGAGCCAUUUGGAUGUUUGGCGCCGAUCGACAUUUUUACGCAUGGGUUAUAAUGCUUUAAUGCGAAAAGCAUUGAAGAAAGAACAAGAAAUACGUGAUGAUAUGAUCCGUUCAUUAAUGCCUAAUCAAGUUGCACAAGAAGUAAUGCGUGAAGUGGGCAAUGAAAGUUCUAUUGAAUAUGACACUAAUGAUGAUGAUGAUGAUGAUCAUGAUCAUCAUCAUCAUCAUAGGCGUUCAAACGACAAGAAUAAAAAUAAGCAUAAAAGGAAUGAGUCUAAGCAAAGUCACCAUAGAAAAUCGAAAGACAAAAAAUUACACGAAGCGAAUUGUAUCAAUUUAGAUGAAAGUUUUAAAAUUAGUGGACUCAAUUAUGCUGGUGAUGAGGUAGAUAGUGAAGAUGAAGAUGAAACACAAACUCCAAAGAAAAGGAGUGUCGGGAGUAACUGUGAACAACAGCCUAUACGACAAGAUGACUUAGAAAUGGGUUCUGGCGUUAGUGAUGAUGGUAGUCGUUGUAGUCAAAAAUGUAGCUUAAUGCCUAAAGCAGCUGUUGUACCUCCAGCACGAGCUGUCGCGUUUCGAAAGUUCCAUGUGAAUCAAUUAGAAAAUGUCAGUGUAUUAUUUGCUGAUAUUGUUGGUUUUACUAAAAUGAGCUCGAAUAAAUCUGCAUCACAUCUUGUCUAUCUAUUAAAUGAUCUUUUUGGGAGAUUUGAUCGUUUAUGCGAAAUUGUUGGUUGUGAGAAAAUCGCCACUCUUGGUGACUGUUAUUAUUGCGUCUCUGGUUGUCCGAAUCCAACCGAAGAUCAUGCUGAGCGAACAGUGGAAAUGGGUAGAGCAAUGUGCUUAGCUAUACAACAGUUUGAUGAAGAUCAUUCAGAGGAAGUGAAUAUGCGUGUCGGUGUACACACUGGUAAAGUGAUCUGUGGAAUUGUCGGAACAAGACGUUUUAAAUUCGAUGUUUGGUCAAAUGAUGUUACAUUAGCUAAUGAAAUGGAGUCUAGUGGUGAAGCGGGAAAAGUGCACAUUUCUGAGGCUACUUUAAGUUUUGUAAAAGAUAUUUAUGAAGUUUCUGAAGGAAAACCUGUUCAUGAUAUUCGAAAAUUCAAAGUGUUAGUUGAAUUUUUUAAUAAAGAAGAACAAUGUUUCGCCAUUAAACAUACUCAAGAUGAAGCUAUGAUCAAAACAUAUUUUAUUGAAAAACGUUUGGAUAAUAAGCCAGUUGUCAGUUUGCCACCUAUGCAACUGGAAGUUGGUCCAGUUCAAUUACAAAGUACUAAUAAUGUUUGCGAUAGUGCAACUGUUACCACAAAUAAUAAUCUGCAUGAAUCACGGAAUAUUGACGCAGUUCUCCCAACAGCAAUGAAUACUAGUAUUUCAUCAACCACGGAAAUUCACAACACUUUUACCUCAUAUCAUCCACUUGUGAAUAACGAAAUUACUAAUAAUGUCGCUAAGAAACCUGACGGCAUUACACAACAUAAUAAUGGAGACAAUAAAAAGCUGGUGGAUACCAGUCAACUCCCACAAUCUGUUUCAACAGUCUUAACAGAAAAUCGUCUGUCUAUGGAUAAUAAGAACAUAACUAUACCGCAUACUGCUACAACAACAACAUCUACUACUACUAUAACUACUUCGUAUGCUAUUAGUCGCGGUUCUGAUGUGGAAAUGUUGCAGGCAUUACAAGAUUUUGUUCAACCUGAUGAAAUUUUCAUUUUUCCACCAAUAUCCAAAUUAAGUUUGAAUUUCUUUGUUCCCAUGGUUGAGAAAAGUUAUCGACGUUUAGGUUUACGACGUCCAAGAAUGCACUCUAUUGAGAAAUUAUCAUGGUCCACACCACGUAUCGCACCAUUUAUUAAUACAAUUACAGAGACAAUAUUGAUUUUUGUCAUUGCUAUAACAUGUUUAAUUGUUUUUCCAGAUGCUCGAAAAGCAGUGAAUACGCCAACUUUUUAUGUUAUUCUAUUUAUCGCCUUCAUGAUACAUACACUGUUAUUGGCAUUGUUAAUUUCCGAUUUGGCUGCAUGGGCCUGGUGUCCAAAACGUAUCAAUAGUAGUAGUAAGUCCAUGUUGAAAACUCCUAGAAGCCGUUAUGAUUGGCGACGUAUAGUGAUUCGGCUAUAUGGGAAGCUGUUUCGUUGGAAUUCACGUAAUGUGAUUGGUGUUUUUAUUUUGAUCUUGCCAACAUCUGUUGUUUUGUCGACCUAUUCUUAUUGUUUAUUUAAUAAAUAUACACCUUUACUAACACUCGAUGCGUCAUUAAAUCAGAAAGACGCCUAUUAUUAUUCUCACAUGUUCUAUGCUACUUAUCGUACACAGAUUGGUUUGUUGUUCACUUUUAUGUUUAUUAACUGUACAUUGUUCACGUCGUUUUCCUCUUGGACGAAAACUAUUUCAGCUACAUUCGUCUGUUCAUUGGGUAUACUAUUGAUAUCCUUACAUAAAACACUUCAGUACACGUGUUCGCCACAGCAUGCUCAGUCGUGGUAUUCGGCAAUAAAAUAUAGUUUUAAUAGUCCAGCAAUUGUUGAAGAACGAUUAGAAAAUCGAAAUUCAUCGUUGUUAUUUGAGUUUCCUGAUUGGUCAUAUCCAGCCAUGUCUGAUAAUGCCGUGUAUGAGUAUAUCGUGAUUGGAUUGCUUACUUUGAUUCUAGUCGGUGCAUUGAAUCGUGAAUUUGAUAUUAAUUUCCGAUUAAGUUUUCAUCGAGAUUAUGAAGCUCUACGAGCUAAGGAAGCUAUCGGUCAUCAAAAAUUGCAAGCUGAUUGGUUACUGGAGAACAUUAUUCCAUAUUAUAUAAUGGAUGAUUUACGUCAGCAUAAUAAAUACUCUCGACAUAUUGAAGAUGCUGGUGUAGUUUUUGCAUGUAUUGCGAAUUUCUCUGAGUUUUAUGACGAACAAUACCAAGGUGGUCAAGAGAUGUUACGUGUUAUGAAUGAAAUAUUUGCUGAUUUUGAGCAUCAACUCGCCUUAUCAAAAUAUAAAGACGUUGAGAAAAUUAAAACAAUCGGCUCAUGUUUUAUGGCUGCUUCUGGAUUAAAUAUGACUGAACGUAAACGCAAUAAACGAUCAGAUGAACAUUUGUGGGCAUUACUUGAUUUUGCUUUAGAUUUAAUCCAUACACUAGAUGAUUUCAAUCGUCAAAUGUUCAAUUUUCAAUUUGAGCUAAAAGUUGGUUAUAAUAUUGGUGAAGUGACAGCUGGUGUUAUUGGUACUACAAAAUUAUUAUAUGAUAUAUGGGGUGAUACUGUCAACGUGGCUAGUCGUAUGUAUUCAACAGGUUUAAAAGGUAGAAUACAAGUUACUGAAGCUGUUGCUAAACGCUUAGAAUCACGUUAUAUAUUUGAAUAUCGCGAUGAAGUGUUUGUCAAAGGUAAAGGUAAUAUGAAAACUUACUUAUUGGUAAGUCGUCGAAAUAAUUAACAGGAAGAAAUGUUUAUCGACAUAAUUUCAUUGAAAAAAUAUGGUCCAGAUACUACUCAUAAUACUGUGGUCAAUUAUAACAUCUUCAUCUUUGAUCACUUAAUCAAUGGGACAAAAUUUAGUAAAUUUUAAAAAUUUAUAAUCUGAAUUUUUUACUUUAUUACAUAUACACAAAAUUCUUUAAUAAAUAUUUUCAUAUCCAUGUGUUUGUUAUUGUUCUUCAUUGUUCAUUUAUCAAAUUAACAAUUAACUUAUUGCACCAUCGUUAUUUUUCACUGAAUCAUAAUUUUUUUUUAAUUAAACAUAAUAAUACUACUUAUUAAGUAAAGUCUCAUAUAUUGAAUAGAUUAAUUUACACUUGUAAUAAUCAUUUUCAUAAUUUUGUCUUACUUUAUUAUUAUCUAUUUUACACAGUGAUUAUCAUUAUUGGUUUCUUUAUUAUUUCUAAUAACCUUUCAUCUACUAUGCAUUUGUUUUAAACAUCCAUCGUCAAUAUUUCUAUCGUUAAGUGAUCAUAUAAAUGCAUUAAAUUCUGUGUAUUUAUAUUUUUGUUUAAACAAGUGUUGAUUUAUUUUUGUCUUAUGCUUAUAAACUUUGUCUCAAUAUUAAUUGCAUGUUUUAGUUCAUGUAACAUUAAGCGCCGGACUAAUUGAUUGUUAUAUAUAUUCUACCUUUAAUUAGAAUCAAGCUUAAUUGUCAAGUUUUAUUAGAACUAUAUUCGUCUAAAUACAUGUGUGUGUGUGUUUGUGUGCACAUGAAUCUUGUGAACGUAAAUAACUUGACCUUAAGAAUUCAACUACUACUGUCAGAUUGCAUUUUUUUUCUCUCAUGAUUAUCUAGACUGCUUUUCACUUGUUUUGUCCUUUUUAUUAUGAUAUUUUGAAAGAAAUUUGGUAAUAAAGUUGAUAGACCUACAUUAAAGUCCACUAGACUUUCAUUGUCGUGAUGACUUGUAUUUAUUCGCUAGAAAUAUAUAAGAUGAUCUCUUGUUCAAACUGAAAUCUAAUCAUCAAUUACUUGGUGAAAAUUCACAUUUAUCAGUUUUGCGUGUUCUUUCUGUGGUAUUAAUCCUUUUUUGUCGUUAUACAAUUGAGGGUUAUACGUAUGAUUAUAGACUUGUUAAAUUAUCUUUCUCGAAAUAAUGAUGUUAUCUCAUGUUCAACUGAUUGCUUUUACUAAUGGUUCCUGUCAUUUGUUCAUGUUAACUACUUUCUAUUUUGUCUUUCCCUCCCACUUUUUUGUUAAAUUUGAGCUGUAAUGGCUUCUCAUUAUUUACAUAUUCUCUGCUCUAAUUCGUUUUGAAUAAUGAAUAUGUUACAUCAUAAAGUAGAGAAUAUCUUGAGAACGCCGCAAAAUAAUAGCUGAUGAUGGCGAUAACCAUGAUAUAUAUUCCGAUUUUGUUUGGUUUUAUUUAUUGUAGUUCUAUUUAGAUUAUUAUUACUAUUUUUAAUGUUUAAGAUAAAUAAACAAGUUUGUUAUGAUG